UAAGGUCGAAUUUAUAUGAACUUAUACAUCUGUUUAGUAGCUGACGGUGGGAGGAGUGGAUCACCGAGGUUCGCUGAGCCUAUUCGUAACGUGACGAGAGCCGAAGGUCGUUCCCUGACGUUGGCUUGCGUGGUGGAAAAUUUGGAGCCAUUCAAGGUGUCGUGGAUCCAUAUAAACCGACAUAUGCUCCUGACUCUUCAUGAUGCUGUGAUUACAAGGAACCCACGCUUCCGAAUAACUCAUAACGGUCACAGUACUUGGGUCCUUCAUAUUGAUAAUGUUCAGAAAGAUGACCAGGGCCAGUAUAUGUGUCAGAUAAAUACUAACCCCAUGAUUAGCCAGAGUGGCUAUGUAAGUGUUGUAGUGCCGCCCAAAAUCGACGAAGACAUUACCAGUUCUGAUAGAGAAGUCAAGGAGGGAAGUCACGUGACUUUACAGUGCCGGGCAUCGGGGAUUCCUACCCCAAAUAUAACAUGGAGACGAGAAGAUAACCAGGAGAUCAUUCUGGGAAAGAAGAAAGUUACCAAGGUCGUGGGAGAUACUCUGGACAUCAACCACGUCAAAAGAACACACAUGGGAGCCUAUCUUUGUAUAGCCUCAAACCAGGUGCAACCUUCUGUUAGCAAAAGGAUCUUGCUUAAUGUGAAAUUUCCUCCCAUGAUCUGGACGAGCGAAGAAGUGGUGGGGACGAGUGUAGGAGCAGCUGUUACACUGGAAUGCCACCUUGAGUGCUAUCCUCCUUCGGUUUCUUACUGGACGAAGAACAGAGAUACGUUGGUGAUUGCGGACUCCAAACGAGACGUGAUGACGGUGGAAGUUGGACUCUAUAAAGUUGAGAUGAGGUUAAGGCUGCGUAACGUGAGCCAUGACGAUUUCGGUUCUUAUAUCUGUCAUGCCAAGAGCUCCCUGGGAGAGGCGGAAGCCUCGAUCAAACUUCAUGACGUAGACAACAACAAAUCGAGUGGAAAGAAGAGAUCGACUGAAAAAGACGUAGAAACCGAUUUGAAGAUCAACAGUUAUUUCUUGUUCUUGUUGGUGAUUAAAAGAUAAAGGUCUCUGUUAGAGACCUACAAAACCCUUACAGCUCUGGACUGACCGGAAAAUCGAAGAUAGUCUUUUUAUUUUUACCUUAUUAUUGAUUGGUGCAGCUUCUGGGAUUUAAUUGGAUAAAAAAAAUAUAUAUAUAGAUUUUUUCUGAAUGCA